AUGGCAGUAAAGCAAGAAUCGAAAAAGCAUGAUGAGAAGCACAAGGGACAAAUCCCUGGACCAAAGGGCCUUCCGAUCAUUGGAAACCUUCUCGAUAUCGACGUCACAAACUCCCUGCAAUCAGUAAUCGACAUGGCGAAAGAUUAUCCAAAACUCUUCGCGCUAAAUGUUGGGGGAAAUACAGAGAUCAUGAUCUGCAGCCGCGAGCUCAUGGACGAACUAUCGGACGAAGCACGAUUCCACAAACUUGUCGUCGGCGGUGUCGAAAAGCUACGGCCUCUUGCUGGUGAUGGCCUCUUCUCGGCGCAACAUAAUAACCAGGAAUGGGCUAUUGCACAUCGAAUCCUCAUGCCGCUGUUCGGGCCUCUAACGAUCAGAGAGAUGUUCCCCGACAUGCGAGAUAUCUCAGAACAGCUUUGUCUAAAAUGGGCGCGAGCAGGUCCCUCAGCUACCAUCGACGUCGGAAACGAUUUCACACGACUAACACUCGACACCAUCGCCCUCUGUACAAUGGGCUUCCGCUUCAACAGCUUCUACAGCAACGACAAGAUGCAUCCCUUUGUCGAGAGCAUGGUCGCAGCUCUCAUCGACGCCGAAAAACAAUCCUUCCUUCCCGACGUCGUGCAGUCAUUGAGAAUACGAGCCCAAUCACAUUUUAAGAAGCACGCUGCUGUAAUGAAGAGUACGUGCCAGGAAAUUCUCGACCAGCGGCGAAAGAACCCUGUUGAGGGCAAGGAUCUUCUCAAUGCGAUGAUGAGUGGCAAGGAUCCCAAGACGGGAAUGGGCAUGAGUGAUGGGAAUAUCGUCGAUAACCUCAUCACUUUCCUCAUCGCGGGCCAUGAGACUACCUCUGGCCUCUUGUCGUUCGCAUUUUACUACCUUCUUGAGAACCCCGAGAAGCUACAGAAGGCUCGUGAGGAGGUUGAUGAAGUAUUGGGCGAGGAGAACCUCACUGCCGACCAUCUCCCCAAGAUGCCCUAUAUCAACAUGAUCUUCCGCGAGACUCUUCGUCUCAUGCCUACAGCACCAGGCUUCUACGUCACACCCUUCAAAGACGAAGUCAUCGGCGGUCAAUACAAUGUCUCCGCAGGCGAUCCCCUGCUCCUCUUCCUCCACAUGAUCCACCGCGACCCCGAAGUUUGGGGCCCUGAUGCUGAAGACUUCAGACCUGAGAGGAUGGCAGACGAGCACUUCAACAAACUCCCCAAGAACGCUUGGAAGCCUUUCGGUAAUGGUAUUCGAGGCUGCAUCGGUCGAGAAUUCGCAUGGCAAGAAGCUCAAAUCGUUACAAUCAUGCUCCUCCAGAACUUUGACAUGGUCAAAGCCGAUCCCAACUACAAGCUCAAGAUCAAGCAGUCGCUGACCAUCAAGCCCGACGGUUUCAACAUGAAGGUCAAGCUCCGAGAGGGGCGCGACUUGACCAACCUCUUCAAGAACCCCAGUCUCACUAGCUCCAAGCAGCCUAGUCUUUCCAGCCGUAUGAACAUCAACAUUUCACAGAAGGAUCUGAAGCCCAUUUCAAUCUUUUAUGGAUCAAACACUGGAACAUGUGAGGCAUUGGCGGAGCGGCUGUCGGCUGAUUGUGCAACAUUUGGAUUCAUGCCUUCGAAGCCUUUGCCGCUUGAUGAGGCUACGAGGAAUCUGUCCAAGCAUGGACCGAAUAUCAUCUUGGCCGCCUCGUAUGAUGGAAAGCCUUCUGAUAAUGCUACUGAGUUUACCAAGUGGGCUGAGUCGCUGCAGCCUGGGGAGUUGGACGGCACUCAGUUUGCUGUUUUCGGAUGCGGCCACAAGGACUGGGUAUCAACCUUGUAUCGCAUCCCCAAGAUCCUUGACAAGUGCUUAGCAGCCGCCGGCGCCGAUCGCCUCGUUGACAUUGGCCUCACCGAUGCUAGCACCGGUCGCUUAUACCCCGACUUCGACGACUGGGCACACAGCAAGCUCUUCCCCGAACUCGCCAGCCGACACGGUAUCACUCUUGGUCACGCGCCUGACUCUCUCGAACUGAGCGUCACCAUCAACCAGUCCCAGCGGAAUGAUAUCGGAGGCAACUUCAAGAGGGCUGAGGUCGUGGAGAACACUCUUCUUACCAGCCCUGGUGUUCCUCGCAAGCACAGUCUACUCCUGAAGCUACCGAAGGAUAUGGCUUACACUCCUGGUGAUCAUGUCUUGGUUCUUCCCAAGAAUCCCCCUCAGCUUGUUGAUCGGGUCAUGACUUGCUUUGGUGUUGAUGAUGAUACUGUCUUGACUGUGUCGUCGCAACGACCAACUUUCCUUCCCACUGGGACUCCCAUCCUUGCUUCUAACCUCUUCAGUACUCUUGUUGAGCUGUCCCAGACGGUUAGCCGUACAGGUCUCAAGAGGCUGGUGGACUUUGCAGGUAAUGAUGAGACUAAGGCUGAGAUCCAGAGUCUCGCUGGUGAUAGGUAUGACGCCGAGAUUGACCAACAACGCAUGUCCAUCCUUGACAUCCUCCGCAAAUAUCCUUCCAUCAACAUGCCUCUGUCAACCUUCCUCUCCAUGCUUCCCCAGAUGCGUCCCCGCACAUACUCCUUUGCCUCAACACCAGAGUGGAAGGCCGGCCACGGCUCGCUUCUCUUCUCUGUCGUUGAAGCCACUGAGGCUAGUGGGUCAUCACUUGCUCGCUCAGGCGGUCUAGCUACAAACUACAUGGCCCAGCUCCGACCCGGUGACUCUAUUCUCGUUGAGCCUCGACCUUGCAGACCUGAGCUUCGCACUGCAAUGUCCACUGAGCUCAACGUUCCUAUCGUCAUGAUCGCUGUUGGCGCUGGCCUCGCUCCCUUCUUGGGAUUCAUGCAGAAACGAUACCUGCAGACUCAGAACUCGGGUCACUUGUCAAACAGCCCAUGCACACUCUUCUUUGGAUGUCGCGGCGCCAAGAUGGAUGACAUCUGCCGCGAUACACUAGAUGAGUACUCCCGCGCAGGCGUCGUAUCAAUCCAUCGCGCCUUCAGUCGAGAUUGGGACUCGCCGUACAAGUAUGUUCAGCAUCUGGUCGCUAAGCAUGCUCAUACCUUGGCGCGACUUUGGGGGCAGGGCGCUAUUGUGAUGAUUUGCAGUGGUAAGAAGGUAUCUGACGAUGUGUUUGAUGUCUUGGGUCCUAUCCUUCAUAGCGAGGAUAGAAGAUUGAAUACAACCAGGGCGAGUGAUUGGAAGACUUGGAGAGAAGAGGUUAGCAAGGAGCGAUUGAUCUUGGAGGUGUUUGGUUAG